AUGUAAAAUAAAAAAUUAGUUUAUGAAGAUUUAUCUAAUUUAGAAAUAAUUUUAAAUGAAAUAAAACUUCAAUUUUUUUAAUUUACUAAUUACUUAAUUGAUGUAAAUAUUGUUUCACCAUUUCUUUUUAGAAUUCUUCUAAUAAUAGAAUCAAUAUAAUUUAUUUACUUUUCUCUUCAUCCUUAAUUAAAAUAUAUUUGGGAUAGCAAUAUUAUUAGUACUGUACAAAAUAUAUUUGGCUAUGUCUAAGUAAAUACAUAAAUAAUUAUAUAAAUUAUUAAAUUAAAAAAAAAAAUUUUAUAAAUUCUAAGUUCUAAGCAAUAAUAAAUUAAGGUAAUGGAUAACUUAUAAUAAAUAUUGGGAUUAUUAAGCUAUUCUUGCAAAUUUCUUUCUUUUUACGGAACUCUAGUAAAAACAAUACAACCUCUUCCUUUUUUUGAUAUUUUUAUAAAUAUAUUAUUAUGUAAUUAAAAAAAAUUUGAAGAUAUAACAUGUUAUAACGAAAUGUAUUUUAUUUAAGUUGUUAUAACAAUAUUAGCUAUAAUUAUAUAAUUUUUUUUUUGUUUUAUUUUUAUUCUUUUAAUGAAUGAUAUAAACCCGUUUUCAAAAGUUUCUUAUGCUUCUUAGCCUAAUUAUAUAUGCCAAAUUAAAUUAAUAUUAAAAAUAUUAUUAUCUUCCUACUUUGCUUUAGAUCAUAAAGCAUCUAUUUAGAAUAACUUAUAAUUAAUAAUUAUAUUUUUUACUUUAGUUUUUUUAUUAGAAUUAUAUAAUAAAAUGCCAUAUUACACAUAGAAUACAGCAAUAUUUAGUAUAGUAUGUGAAGUUAGCUUAUUUUGGAUAUCUGCUUGUUGUUAUAUUUAAGGUUUAUUAAAAAAUUAAGGAAAUAUUAAAAAUUUAAAUGGAACAUUAUUUUAUUUAUUAGCUGGCUUUCCUUCAAUUAAUGUAUUAUUCUAUAAUCUUAUUCAGUUAAAAAAUAAAAAAUAUUGUAUACUUUUUUCUUCUGAGAUAAAAAAGCCAGAAGAUAUGGAAUGUUAUUUUCUUAUUCUAUCUAAUUUAAUAGAAAAUAGAAAGAAUAGAAUUUCUAAUAUAUUACUUGAAGGGAUAUUAAAAAUUCAUAAUUAAAAGUGUAAAGAAAAUUCUGAAAUUUGUCCUUGUUCAAUAUUAAUAGACAAAAGUAAAUGUUGUAAUAUAGAAAUUUUUAAAGGAAAUGAAGACAACGAAGAAUUAAAAUGGUAUUUAUUUCUCAAAUCUAUAAUAAAUGUAUUACAAAAAAAAUACAUAAAAAGUGCUAAAUUAAAUUUAUUAAACGCCUAUAUUUACCAUGAAAAACUUAAAUUAAAAUUUCGUGCCUUAACAGAAAUGAUGAUCGCAGAAACGCAUAAAUCAACAAUAAAAGAAUAAUUUGCAAUGGUUCGUUACCGAAAUAUAAUAGAAAUCGACAUAAUUGAUACUGAUAUGAGAAACGAAUAAAAUAAAGAUGUAGACGUAAACGGAAUCGUACAUUAUGAGGGAUAAUUCGUUAAGUUUAUAAAAUCACUUGAAAUAUCAGUUAAUAUGCAUUUAGAGUUUUGGAGAGAAUUAUUAGAAGAAUCCCCUGAUGUAGAAAAACUUUAAAUUAUAGGUAGUAGAAUUACUUAUACUAUAGAAGAUGUUUAAUAAUGCUAUAGUACUUUAUGUUUAAUAAGAUAAAAUAAUAUUAGAUCAUUAUUGAUUUAUGGAUAUUUUGUAAAGAAUAUUAUAAACAAUGAGAUUAUGGCUUAAGAAUAUUUCGAAUAGGCAGCUUAUAUUAGUAAAAGUGCAGUAGUUACUAAAUAAUUAGGGGAUAAUUAAAACAUGAAAUAUAACGAAAAUUCAAACACAGGAAUUUUAUUAAUGAGUGCAAAUAUUUCCACAAAAUUUUAUGUUUAAAAUACAAAUUAUGAUUUUACUAGAAUUUUAGGAUGGCCAAAAUAAGAAAUAAUAAAUUAAAAUAUUAAAAAUUAUAUAAUGCCUAAGUUAAUUUAAUCAAUUCAUGAUAAUCUAGUCUCAAAUUAUAUCGAAACUUCAAUUCCAAAGGCUAUUGGCUUUGAAAGAUUGAUAACUCCUGUUAAUAAGGAUGGAUUUAUAAUUCCUUGUUUGUUAAUGAUAAAAAUAUUACCUAAUCUCGAGGAAGGAUUAUAGUUUGUCGGAUUUUUUAAAGAAAUAGAUGAAAUAUAUUGCAGUCCUUAUAAGAGAAAUGAUGAUAAUUAAGAUUAAAUUUAUAAUUACUUAAUUUAUAAAGUUGAAGAAGAUAAAUAAAACUAAGUAUUAGUUGGUAUUACAUAAGGGUGUUACUAAAAUUUUGGAAUACCUACAUCUUUGAUUAAUAAUAAUAGUCCUAUGAGUAAUUAAUUUACAAUUGAUUUAAUAUGUCCUUAAAUAAUUCAACCUGAAAUAUUAUUGUAAAUGAGUACAAAUAAUGGAGCAUAAAUAACCAUGGAUACUACAAUAAUUGGAGAUAUAUUCUUAAUCUCAUAAUAAAGUCUAGAAGAUAAUUUAUAUAGUUAAAAUAAUUUAGAAGUUGAAAAAGAUACUACUUUUAAUUUUAAUUAAAAUAAAUACAAAAAAGCCUAAAUUAAUGUUUGGUUAGAAGAAGAAUUCGUAUAUUAGGUAAUAAUAAAAAGUUAAUAAAAUUUUAAAAUAUCUUUAUAUAAUAAAAAAUAUUUAAAAACAAAAAAGUAAACGAAAAUACAUAUAAUAAAAUUUAUUGAAAGUGAUUAAUAAGUAAAAAUAAUUUUAAGUGAUCAAUAAAAUUUGGUUGGAUAAACCUAAUAUUAAAAAUAAACAUAAGAAUAAAGUUAAAUAAUAUAAAUUGAAAAAAAAUUAAGUGAUAAUAAAAAUUUAGAUAUAAAAAAUAAAGAUGAUGAUUAAAGUAGGAAUCCAAUCAGUAAUAAUAACGAAAAUUAAAAACAAGUUAAUCUAAUAGAUGAAAAUAAUUACGAUUAAAAGCUAAGUAGUAAUUUUUAAUAAAAUGAAUCUGAAGAAAUAAGACAAUUAAAAGAUAUUAAAUCUUCCAUUUCUUAAUAUAAAAUUCCAAAAUCAAUUAAAAAUUUAUAAAUUAGUGUUGGCUUUAUUUUUUUAUCUUUAAUUAUUAUAACAUCAUCAGAAUUUAUUAUUAAAUCUGAACAGCAAUAGGCAAUUAAUGACGGAAUAGAAGCUGUUUAUUCUGCUUUUAAUACAAAUUAUUUAAUUGCAGAAGUUAAUUUUAUAACAAGAAAAAUAUGGCUUAUAAGCAAUGGUUACGAAAAUUAAAAUAAAUAAAUAAUAAGUAAAGUUUUAUAAAAUUUAUUAGAUUAGAAAAUUUAAAUAUUGAAUUAGUUAUAAUAAGAUGUUGUUAAAGCAAAAAUUAAUAUUGAAAGAAGAUAAGGAUAUGAUAUAAACACUAUAGAAAUAAAUACACAAGUAUAAAUAUAAUUUUAUAUAUUUAAAUAUAUAUAUAUAUUUAUAUAUAUAUAUAUAUAUAUAUAUAUAUAUAUUUAAAAGAAAAUUUUAUCAAACGGUACUACUAUUAACGUGAAUACCAAUUAUACUGAUGCAAUAAACUUUUAUAUUGCUUAAUCUGGCGGACUUGCAAAUUCUACAUUAACAGAUUUUAUAUAAUUGAAUUAAAAUGAAUAUAGUUAUACAUAAUAAUAUUUUUAUUAUGUUAAUUAAAACGGUCUUUUUUCCAUAAGGUAAGGUGCUGAAUAAUUGGCUUUGAUAUAUAAUAAUUUUUACAUAAGUUUAAUUGAUAAUUUUUUUGAUAUAUUUAUGAUUAUAAUGAUUAUUGCAAUCUUUCUAAUUACAUUUUCUUUAAUAAUUAUUAUACCUAUUAUAAUUAAUGUUUAAAAAUCAAGUUAUGGUGUUUUAGGAUUCUUUGCUGCAGUACCAAUAAAAGAAUUAGAAAUUUUUGCGAAUAAAUGUGAUGAAUAUAUAAAAACAUAUAUUGAAAGAAAAAAUAUAUAGAAUAAAAAUAGAUUAAUAAUUAAUAGUAAUACAAUACAGAGUAAUAAUAAUAAUAUUAGUAUAUUGUAUAUAAAUAAUGAAAAUUCAAAUGUAAAAGAUGAAAUAAAUUAAAAAGAAUAAUAAAGCCUAAUAAAAAAUAAUACAAUAAAUACAGAUAAUAUGUAAUAAAUUAAUAAAAAUAAAUUAAUUGAAAACAAUUAAUAAGAAAAUGAAGAAAAUUAAAAAAAUUUAGUUUCAAAAAAUAAUAAGAAGUAAUUAAAAAAUAAUGAAAAUAAAUAUAAAUAAAAUAAAUAUAUAAAUAUAUAAAUAUAAAAAUAUAUAAAUAUAUAUAAUAUUAUAUAUUAUUUUAUAUAUCAUAUAUAUAUAUAAUUUUUUUUAAUUAUUUUAGUAAUCUUGUUAUAUUUUAAUUAUCUUUUUUUUCUUUUAUAUUUAUUUCUUAUUUCUUGA